CUCUAGUCUUCAUAUUUGGGGGAAAUGUCAUUAGAAGAUUAUUAAUCAUCAGAUUGGGUUGUCAGAAUAAUAUAAGUUUGAAUGAUAAUGUUAAAAUUAUGUAAUUAUGCUAGAUUUUGUAUGAAGGAUAAUUUUUUAAAAGAAAUACAAAAAGUUUUCAGCUCACCAAAUGAAUUGAAAUACCUACAUAACAUGUAUAAGUUUAAUUAAAAAGUGAUACACUUACAUUUUGAUAACAAGCAAGAAAUAGUAAAAAUGACUAGCACAAGAUCUUCAGCAAGAAUUUCCUUAAAAUAUAAAACAAAACCAUUUGUUGAAUUACACAGCUCAUCUAAGACGUUUUAUAAUAGUUCUUCAGAUGAAGAAUCCGACUCAGAAUCAGACUCGCCUUGUUCAACUCCGCGAAAAACGAAAUUAAAACAAACUAAUUUGGAAUCUUCGCCACCCAAACAAAGUAAAUUGGAAAGCACUUCAAGAAAGGUACAAUCAACGGCGAACACUCCUUCUUUAGAAAGACUAUCGCUUAUUAGCCCAACGAAGUCUAAUUCUGCAAGGAAAAGUUUAUUGAAAGAAAACAACAACAGGAAGAGGUAUGUAGCUAAAAUUGAAUCAACAAAGAAAACUAGAAAAAUCGAUACUAGUUCUUCUGAAGAUUCAGAAUCUGAAGACGAUAUUUCUAAAAAUAAGACUAUUUAUCAGUGUGCUAGGCAGGCACUACAUGGCAGUCUUCCAUCAGAACUACCUGGAAGAGAAAUUGAAUUGAAGCAGCUAAAGGAUUUUAUAGAAGAGCAUUUGAAAAAUAAGGCAUCUGGAUCUCUGUAUGUUAGUGGUCCCCCAGGUACCGGCAAAACAGCUUGUUUAAACACAAUUAUCAAAGAAAAUGUGAAAUUUAAAUUAGCUCAUGUAUAUAUAAAUUGUACAGCAAUCAAGUCACCUACUGCAAUUUAUUCAAGAAUUAUAAAAGAACUCAAUCUUAAACCAAAUGGAAAGACUGAAAAAGAUCAUUUAACGCAAAUAGAUAAAUAUUUAAGAAAACAUCAUAAACCAGUAUUACUUGUGCUUGAUGAAAUUGACCAAUUGGAAUCAAAAAACCAAUCAAUACUGUACACCAUUUUUGAAUGGCCUUCAAAACCAAAUUCCCAACUCUUACUAAUAGGCAUUGCUAAUGCCUUGGAUUUAACGGAUCGAGUUUUACCAAGGUUGCAGACACGUUGUGAACUUAAACCACGAUUAAUGCACUUUGCACCAUAUACUAAGCAGCAAAUAAUAGAAAUUGUUACUUCAAGACUGAGAUCAGCUGGCGUUUUGGAAAUAUUCUCGCCGUCAGCAGUCCAGAUGCUAGCUGGAAAAGUAGCCUCAGUUUCAGGUGACGUCCGAAGAGCUCUAGAUAUAGGAAGACGAGUUAUUGAACUUGCUGAUCAAAGUAAAAAUAACGGAGCCCUUAAAUCGGUAGAAAACUUAGCAAAUCAACUUAUUGAAGAUGAGAUGAAGACUGUAGAUUUGAAGCAAGUUUUAACCAUUUUAAAUAAUGUCUACAGCACUACUCAAAGUCUCGAUGAAAAUUCAGAAGACUCAUUCCCACUACAACAAAAAAUUAUAAUUUGUUCUCUACUUUUAAUGUUGAAAAAUGUUAAAAACAAAGAUAUAACAGUGGGAAAACUUCACGAAGUGUACAGGAGAGUUUGCGAUAAAAGAAAAAUUAGCUCUGUUGAUCAAGCAGAAUUUGUAGGGUUGUGUUCUCUCAUUGAAACACGGGGUAUAAUACAUAUUAAUCGUAAAAAAGAACAAAGAUUAAAUAAAGUUGAACUUAUGUGGGAUGAAGAAGAAGUAAGGGGCGCAUUAAGAGAUCAGCAGCUGAUUUCUGAAAUUUUACGGGAUGAAAAUUGUUUGGGAAAAUUGUAAUGUUUCAAAUUCUUUUUAAAUGAAUUUCAAUGUCUAUAUUUUUUAUACAUCAACAAAGCUGGGAUUUUUUAAAUACACUUUUAUUAUUAUGACAA